GAGUUGCUAGUGGGGGUUUCAAUUUCACACGGACCGGAAGUAGUGCUAGGUUACCUGACCUGACGUGACGCUUUUCGAUAUAGAUACGAACCCCUACCCCAAAAAGUUGUGUCCAACCCAGCUGUCUGCAAAGUAUUGAGAGAAUGUUAAGAAGGGCUUCAGCACAGGUCUUCAGACAGCUGGUGAGGAACACCACCACCGACUCCAGCCUCAUUCUGGAGAGAUCAAUAAACCGUGUGCAGCUGCUGGGCAGAGUGGGUCAGGACCCUGUGAUGAGACAAGUGGAGGGUCGCAACCCCGUCACCAUCUUCUCCUUGGCCACCAACGAAAUGUGGCGCACAGGAGAGACCGAGAUGAGCUCAUCAGGUGACAUCAGCCAAAAGACCACAUGGCAUCGCGUGUCCAUCUUUAAACCCGGUUUGAGGGACGUGGCCUACCAGUAUGUCAAGAAAGGGGCCAGGAUCCUAGUGGAAGGCAAGCUGGACUACGGCGAGUAUGUGGACAAGAACCAAGUGAGACGCCAGGCCACGACAAUCAUUGCAGACAACAUCAUCUUCCUGAGUGACAACGUUCGUGACAGAACCUGAAUGCUUCGUCUUUCAAACCCACUUUCUUUUUCUACCUUCCUCUGUUUAUACCCAAAAAAGAGACUGAGGACGGGGACACCACAGGAACAGUUUUGCAAAGACUGAAGCAGCACACUGGCGCUGUUUGACUGUGGCGCCUCCAACCGCUGGAAAAAAGUCACGUCUGUCAAAAGCAGCAGAAAAAGACCUCUUGUAGUAUGUGUGCAGUACUUUAACUUUGCAUUGUACAUGUGUGUAGUACUUUCACUUUGCAUUGGGGUUUGUGUCAAAGAUACCUUUUUCCGCCCAGACAAGACGUAAUUGUCCUUAAAUAUGGCAUAAAAGACUUAUGAAUCCAUUAACUCUUUCAGUAGAUGCUAUAUCAGUGUUUGAGAUGGGUGGAUUAAGUUAGCAAAAGCAGGUUUUUGUACAUUUUAAAUAGUUCUACUGACCGUUUUAACCCAUGCACCAACAUUUAGGCACUUAUCUGUUGAGGUUAUUAGGGAAAUCCAAGUUGUCAGUGAAAUAUUUCAAGUCAUUUGCAUUAUGUUUCGUUAAUGUUCACUAAGUAGUACUUAACAAAGUCACAAACCUGUUAAAAGAUUAAAACGUUAAUUCACGUUAAAGUUGACAAUUUGUCAUUGCAUACUUUGUCAAAAAUGUGCGGAUACGGAAUGUUUAAAUGAUUAUUUUUGGAAGUGUUCGCUAGCGAAGGCGGGCCAUC